UUAUACUACUAGCUAACUAGCUAAAACUUACCAAGUGUAUAGUUAUAUACUCAAUUAGUUUUCUUUCUUAAUUGAUCAGUCCUUUUCAUAGUAUAUUUAUGGCUGCAGCAAAUUGCAGUAGUAGAAAAGUAGUCAUGGGGAUGGGUAGUUUUGGGUUAAUGUUAGUUUUUGUGUUACUGCUCUCCCAUGAUGUUGGAAUUGAGGUGGUGGAGGGACGGCAGUUAAUAAGGUCAAAGGUGCGGUGUAAAGAACAACGUUGUUCUUCUUCAGAGGAGGCGCCGCCGCAUGAAAAGAGCAGUGAGCUAAAUUAUAAUGUGAGUAGUAGUAAGCUGUCGGUCGGCGGGUUUGGUCGCUCCUCAUCCGAUGUGGUGGCGGCUGGCGGCGGCAAAAAGGUUGUGUACACAUUAGAUGCUUUCCGACCCACGUCACCAGGGCACAGUCCCGGCAUGGGUCAUUAAUAUUUAAUUGCAUUCAGAAUUUCAGAUCAUGUAGUUUGUAUACAGUACUACGUAUUUUAUAUUAUUUGUUUAGUAAUGUAAAUUGUUACUAUACACACAUAUAAGUAGAUAUGUCAUAUGUAUGUGUGUGUUUUAAAUUCAAGCACUGGUUGUAAUUAGCUAUUUCGCUUCAAUGUAAUAUGUAAUAUAAAACUGUAAUCUGUUUUAAGUUU